AUGUCGGGGCUCAUGUACGAUGGACCGUCGACGUCCGAGAAGCCUGACCUCGGCUUGGACAACGCUGCCGAGAGCAGCUUCUGCCAGACCUUCAGGGCCAUGCCCAAGCCUUCGCCAGGAACCCUGCGUCUCUUUGACCGCUCCGACUUCUACUCGGCACAUGGAGACGAUGCCAUCCUCAUCGCCAACCAGGUCUUCAAAACACACUCGGCACUCAAAUACCUCGGCAGUGGCGGCAAGGACAAAGGUGGCUUGCCAUCCAUCACCCUCAGCGUAGCAGCUGCCAAGAACUUCCUCCGUGAAGCACUUACUUCGCGCCAGAUGCGUGUCGAGAUCUACGGCAACGCAGGUGGCAAGCGCAACAAUCAGUGGACCAUCAUCAAGCAAGCGUCGCCCGGCAACCUGCAGCAGAUGGAGGAUAUGAUCUUUGUCAAUGCCGACAUUGUCAGCUCGCCCAUCGUCAUGGCGCUCAAGAUGACCACGCGCGAUGGCGUCAAGACGGUCGGUGCUGCUUUUGCCGAUGCUACCAAUCGCGAACUGUGCGUCUCAGAGUACGCAGAGAACGACCUGUACAGCAACACGGAAUCGCUCAUCAUCCAGCUCGGCGUCAAGGAGUGCAUCCUGCCCAAGGACGACAAGAGCGCCGACGUUGACCUCAAGAAGCUCAAAGAGGUCAUCGAUCGCUGCGGCGUCGUCAUGUUCGACAACAAGCGUGCCGACUUUGGAGGCAAGAACAUCGAUCAGGACCUGCGUCGCUUGCUCAAGGAAGAGUCGUCGGGCAUCACGAUCCCUGAGCUCGAUCUCAAGGUCGCCAUGGGCGCCGCUUCUGCACUCAUCACCUACCUCGGUCUGCUGACCGACGAGUCCAACUUUGGCCAGUACACCAUCCGCACCCACGAUUUGUCACAGUAUCUCCGUCUCGACAAUUCGGCCUUGCGCGCGCUCAACCUCUUCCCAGAGCCAGGGCAGACCGGGUCAAGCAAGAACACCAGCGUCUACGGCCUGCUGAAUCGCUGUCGCACCGGCCAGGGGCAACGACUGCUGGGCCAGUGGCUCAAGCAGCCCCUCGUCAACGUGCACGCCAUCGAGGAGCGCCAGAACCUGGUGGAGCUCUUCAUCAACGACAAUAGCGCGCGUCAGCUCAUCCAGACCGACUACCUCAAGCUCAUGCCCGACAUGCACCGCAUCAGCAAACGCUUCCAAAAGGGCAUCGCCACGCUCGAAGAUGUUGUACGCGUCUACCAAGCCGUUUUGCGGCUGCCUGGUCUCAUCCAGACCCUUUCGGACAUGGACACGCCGUCCGAGACACACGCGGCGCUGCUCGAAACAACCUACAUCGCACCCUUCUCGAGCCACGCGGAGGCGCUGACCAAGUACAACGAGCUGGUGGAAGCCACGCUGGACCUCAACGAGCUCACGCACCACAACUUUGUCAUCAAGCCCGACUUUGACGACAACCUGCGUCAGAUCAAGGAGGCCCUGGACGAUACGCGCGACAAGCUCGACGAGCAGCACCGGCUCGCCGGUAAAGAGCUUCGCAUGGAUACCGAAAAGAAGCUGCACCUGGAGAACCACCACGUGUACGGCUACUGCCUGCGGGUCACGCGAACCGAUGCCGGACUCGUCCGCAACAAGAAGGGCUAUUCGGACAUUGCGACGGUCAAAGGCGGGUUGUACUUUACCAACGAAGCGCUUCGCGAUCUGGCCAACGACUUCAAGGAUCUCUCGGAGCGGUACAGUCGAUCGCAGAGCGGGUUGGUCAAGGAAGUGAUCCAGAUCGCAUCGUCCUACUGUCCACCGCUGGAGAAGCUCAAUGUGGUGCUUGCGCAUUUGGAUGUGGUGGUCAGCUUUGCGCAUGUUUCGGACAGUGCGCCGAUACCGUAUGUCAAGCCGAAGGUGAGGGCCAAGGGCACCAGUGCGGAUGUGGAUCUGAGGGAGGCGCGUCAUCCGUGCCUGGAAGUGAUGGACGAUGUGACCUUCAUUCCGAACGACACGGAGAUGGUUCGCGGUGCAUCCGAGUUCUUGGUCAUCACAGGUCCGAACAUGGGCGGCAAGUCGACGUACAUCCGACAAGUGGGGAUCAUCGCGCUGCUCGCUCAAGUGGGAUGUUUCGUCCCUGCCGCGCCGGGCGCGUCACUCCCGGUGUUCGACUGCAUCCUCGCCCGUGUCGGUGCAGGCGAUUCCCAGCUCAAGGGCGUCUCGACUUUUAUGGCUGAAAUGCUCGAGACCGCUACCAUCCUCAAGACCGCCACAUCGGACUCUCUCCUCAUCAUCGACGAGCUCGGACGCGGCACCUCCACCUACGACGGCUUCGGCCUCGCCUGGGCCAUCUCCGAAUACAUCGCCACGCACGUCCGAUGCAAGUGUCUCUUCGCCACCCAUUUCCACGAGUUGACCAACCUAGCGUCACAGCAGGCGCACGUACGCAAUCUGCACGUCGUAGCGCACGUCCAGCCGAAGGAAAACGCCGCCUCGCGCCACGAUCGCGACAUUACGCUGCUGUACAAGGUCGUUGCGGGGAUCAGCGAUCAGAGUCUGGGUAUCAACGUGGCGGAACUGGCCAAUUUUCCACCAUCGGUGAUUCGCUUGGCCAAGAGGAAGGCGGAGGAGUUGGAGGAUUACGAGGAGGACGAGGCCAAGGGCGUACUGGACAGUGUCGACGACGAGGCGACGCGAGAGGGGGCCCAGCUCAUCGAUGAGUUUCUCAAGACGUGGGCGGAACGAAGUGGUGAGAACAAGAGCGGGAGGAGGGAUGCCGAGACGGAACUGCAGGAUCUCAGAAAGGUGGUCGACGAGUUCAGGCCCAGGAUCGAGGCCAACCCGUGGGCAGCAAAGGUGCUCGAGAGCUUCUAA